AUGGAUCUGAAAAAGAGGGAUGAUGAGGUCGUUCGAUUAGUACGUAAGUAUGUUAAUGAACAUGAAAACGAUUUUGAAGAGGAGCCCAAGGAACCUUUCCCUCAGGAUUGUUGUGGUCAAUCAUGUAAGCCCUGUGUUUUUGACAUUCAUCAUGACGAUGUGGUUCGAUGGGCUAAAGAAUAUGCAAAACAAAUUAAAUAUGACGACAGCACUUUAUACCAGUACUUAUUCGAUGAUUGCCCUGCAUCGGACGAAUCAAAAGAAUGGUUUCUCAGCGAAUUCAGGUCCUUAGAAAUAAUCGAAAAGAAAAGUCUCAACAACAACACAGUACUUGUAAAACUCAGAACUCCAAAACCGCUUCUCAUACCAAUUGCUAGCCAUAUUCGAAUAAGGUGCGCUAAUUUACAAGUUUACAUAUUAUGA